AACCAGAUUCAUCCGUGGGCCAAGGCAGCAUGGGGUAUACUGUCUGGGGUUUAUAAGAAAUUGGACAAUGAUGACAGUAUUCAGGAUCUGAUGUCUAUUGCUGAGAAGGCAUUGGAGUUUGCUAAGACAGCAGAGGAGGUCCCAGAGCAGUCUGAGCAACAGAAGGCCAUAAGCAUCAAGAUACUAAAGCAGCUCAUGGAGUGUGGCUACUUUAUUCAGGAAUAUACAAGACGAGGGAACCAUGUGGGCCACGUUUUCUUGAAGCUUGAGCCAUUGGUCAGCGACCACAAGACAAGACUCAAUGAGCUGGCUAAUGAAUACUGGUGUCAUGCAACACUUCAAAUUCAGACCUAUGCUGUUUGGACUUUCAAUGAGAUAGAAUUUUUGCACAAAAUUAACAAGAUUGAUAAGAAGGUGGACAAAAUUGGUAUACAAGAUAUUCCCUAUGCUGCUGGAGCUUCAUUCCAGACAUCAAAAACUUGCCUGCCUGGAACUCGAGUGGCACUACUUGAUGAUAUCUCAGACUGGCUCAACAAUAACACUGACCAGCAGAUACUUCUACUUACUGGUGGAGCUGGAACUGGCAAGUCCACGGUUGCUCAUACAAUUGCACAACGAUACAAAGAGCUUCAUCGACUGGGAUCCUCAUUCCACUUCUCCAAAGGGGAAGCCUACUCAAGCCCUCACAUGCUCUUCUGUACCAUUGCUCGUGAUCUUGCUGAUCAUAAUGAGCAGUUUAGAACUCUGAUGGCUGGUCUGGAUACUGCCACACGAACUUCCAAAGGGAUAGAGGAUCAAUUCCACAAUCUUCUCAUGAGCCCUAUAAAGGAACUUGAUUUUCUAGGGCCAAUAGUCCUGGUGAUUGAUGCCUUGGAUGAAUGUGGGAAUACAAUUUCCCGGGAAAAUUUACUGGAUGUUCUUGUGAAAGAGGCGAAGUGUCUUCCCUCCAACUUUCGCAUCCUGCUCACUUCACGCCCUGAAGAUGAUAUUCUACAGAAGCUAACUGGGGCUCCAUAUCCUCAUAUAAAGCACUGGACAAUGGAGAGUGCUGAAAAUACGGAAGAUGACAUAACUGCCUACAUUCGAAAUCAAUUAGCAGACACUAAUGCAUCACCUCCCUUUGGUGACUUUGACUUCACCAGACUGGUAGACUGCUCUCAGGGACUCUUCCAAUGGGCUUCUGCAGCCUGUCGGGCUAUUCGAACCACUGGACUUGGCCAUGAUCCUCGUGCAAUGUUCUUGAAGAUAACCACUGGCUCCACAUCUGAGGGGCAGGUGCUAGGCAUAUUGUACUCAACCAUUCUCAAUGAGAUUGUGAACACCAAAACCAAGAUAAAAUACUUCUCCAGCAUUGUAGGCCCAAUACUUGCCUCAUACGAACCACUCUCCAUGGAUGCCUUGGCUAGUAUUCUGGAGGAAGCAUAUCCUUUGGGUUUCAUCAAGAGUGUCCUGAAGUCAUUGGGUUCAGUCUUAUAUGGUGUGACAUCAUCUGGCACUGCUGAUCCUAUCCGACCACUUCACACUUCCUUCCGUGAUUUCCUCACAGACAGGGAGCAAUCCAAGGAAUUCUUCAUUGACCUCCUUGCACAUCAUGGAAGACUUUAUCAGGGCUCACUGAGACUACUCAACUGCCAACUGGAAUUCAAUUACUGCAAGCUCAAAACAUCCUAUUCACCUAAUUCUGUGAGAUCCAGAGAACUUAUAUCCCCUGUGAUCUGCUAUGCCUCUUGCUUCUGGGGAGACCAUCUUGUGGCAAUAAAUACCCCACACUUGGAUGGAGAUGGCACAAUGGAGAUGAAGGCAUCUGGGUCAUGGGUUGUUGCUGUGCUUGGGGAGUUCCUGAAGUCAAAACUACUGUGCUGGUUUGAGGUACUGAGCAUCCUUGGGAAAGUGAACAUUGCCCAGGAUGCCUUACUUGAGCUGGCUGACUGGCUAAAGGACAGACAUCCAGAGCUUAAACAUUUUGCAAGAGAUGCAGCGAAAUUCAUCCUCUAUUUUGUGCAGCCAAUAGCAGACUCAGCACUACACAUAUAUCUAUCAGCCAUACCCUUUGCCCCAGAGCAGUCAGUUGUGGGAAGACACUAUAAACAAUCAUUCCCAAGAACUAUCCAGGUGGAAGGCCUGCUAAAUCUUUGGCCAUCACAGCAAUGGGUAAUUAAGGGGCAUGGCAGUAGGAUCAACUCAGUGGCCUUUUCCUCUGAUGGCAAGCACAUUGUGUCUGGCUCAUAUGACGAGACAAUCAGGGUGUGGAAUGCUCAGACAGGACAACCAGUGGGUGAGCCUCUGAAGGGCCAUGGGGGCCAUGAGGGUGGGGUCCAUUCAGUGGCCUUUUCCCCUGAUGGUACACAAAUUGUAUCUGGCUCUUGGGAUAGGACAAUCAUGGUGUGGGAUGCUCUGACAGGACAACCAGUGGGUGAGCCUCUAGAAGGCCAUGAGGACUGCACCUCUUCAGUGGCCUUUUCCCCUGAUGGCAAGUAUAUUGUAUCUGGCUCAUAUGACAGAACAAUCAGAGUAUGGGAUGCUCAGACAGGGCAGCUAGUGGGUGAACCUCUGCAAGGCCAUGAGGGUUGGGUCUCCUCAGUAGCCUUCUCCCCUGAUAGCAGACAUAUUGUGUCUGGCUCGGAUGACAAGACAAUCAGGGUAUGGGAUGCUCAGACAGGACAUCCAGUGGGUGAACCUCUGAAGGGCCAUGAGGAUCCGGUCCAUUCAGUGGCCUUCUCCCCUGGUGGCAAGCACAUUGUGUCUGGCUCAGAUGACAACACAAUCAGGGUGUGGGAUGCUCAGACAGGACAGCCAGUUGAUGAACCUCUGCAAGGCCAUGAGGACUGGGUUCGUUCAGUGGCCUUUUCCCCUGAUAGCAAGGACAUUGUGUCUGGCUCAUAUGACAACACAAUCAGGGUGUGGGAUGCUCAGACAGGUCAACCAUUGGGUGAACCUCUGAAGGGCCAUGAUGAUUGGGUCCAUUCAGUGGCCUUUUCACCUGAUGGCAAGCACAUUGUGUCUGGCUCAUAUGACAGCACAAUCAGGGUGUGGAAUGCUCAGACAGGACAACCAGUGGGUGAACCUCUGGAGGGCCAUGGAAGCUUUGUCAAUUCAGUGGCCUUUUCACCUGAUGGCAAGCACAUUGUGUCUGGCUCAUAUGAUAAGACAAUUAGGGUGUGGAAUGCUCAGACAAAACAACCAGUGGGUGAACCUCUGCAAGGCCAUGAGGGUUGGGUCUCCUCAGUAGCCUUCUCCCCUGAUAGCAGACAUAUUGUGUCUGGCUCGGAUGACAAGACAAUCAGGGUGUGGGGUGCUCUGACAGGGCAGCCAGUGGGUGAACCUCUGCAAGGUCAUGAUGGUGGGGUCCAAUCAGUGGCCUUUUCCCCUGAUGGCAAGCAAAUUGUAUCUGGCUCUCGGGAUAGGACAAUCAGGGUGUGGGAUGCUCAGACAGGGCGGCCCAUUGGUGAACCUCUGCAAAGCCACAAGGGCUGGGUCAAUUCAGUGGCCUUUUCCCCUGAUGGCAAGCACAUUGUGUCUGGAUCUUGGGACACAAUCAGGGUGUGGGAUGCUCUGACAGGACAGCCAGUGGGUGAACCUCUGCAAGGCCAUGAGGACUGGAUCUCUUCAGUGGCCUUUUCCCCUGAUGGCAAGUAUAUUGUAUCUGGCUCUCGGGACAAGACAAUCAGGGUGUGGGAUCCAGGUUGCAUUUGGUUUGUGACUCACAGAUGUGCUCCUACCUGUCAGCUAAUUCCUGAAAUUACUACAGAUCUUUACAGAGAUACCUCUGUCAUUGAACCCAGUGGCUGGGUUCUGGGUCCCAAUAAGGAACUUUUAUUCUGGGUACCUCCUAUGCAUAGGUUGGGACUCUACAGACCAAGCAAUGUGGUGGUAAUAACAAACUAUCCCACUAAACUGGACUUUGACAAGUUUGUCCAUGGAGAGGAUUGGGCAGAAUGUUGCAAGCCUGCUUUGUAG